AUGGAUUACACGCUCAGGUGCAACUCUUUGAAAUGCCGCACCCAGCUCAACGAUCGCGCCGUCGUCACUACCUGCAGUCAUGUCUUCUGCAUCCGUUGCUCAGACAGUCUGGGGCUCUCGAGCUCUGCAGGCAUCGCGAGGACUUGUCCCGCAUGCUCUACUCAGCUGAGCAAUCCAGACGAUGCAGUCGUCGCGCAACUCAAUCCUACCGAAGACUACAAGACCAGCAUCCUCAGCGGGCUGAGCCCAAACAUCAUCAUGGAAUGCGCCAGCAGAGGCCUAGCUUUCUACAGCUACCAGACAUCACAAGAGAUCGUAUACCAAGAGUAUCUCGCGAAGACCUUGACAGAAAACUAUGGGAACUUGAGUCAGCAGAUGGACAAGCUCAUUCUCGAAGCUAAUUCCGAGAUCAAGACAUUGCAAGAAAAACUCCAAGGUUACAACCCCGUUCAAAGAUGUUGCUGA